GAAAGUCGUGGAGAGCGGACGUACAGCGCUCCUCACACGAACUCCCGCCCACGCCCCGGCGCCGCGCUACACACACACACACGCACGGCCAGAGCCACCAGAGCCCAACAACAGUGUCCGACGCGGAGGGAAAACCAGUGCCCGAAAGAGUGGAUUAAAGUGCGUGUCUUAAAGUGGAGUAAAUACGAGGAGAGGAGUGCAAUAGGAGCGUUGGGCAGACUGUAACGGAUCUUUGGCGUGUGUUAUCAAUAUUCAUGGUUUUCGUGGGACCUGGAUUCGCCUCUUCGGCACAGCGAGUGUAUGCAGAUUGUGGGUGAGCUUGGAAGCGCCUCGCCGGUGUUGUGUCCUGCCCUCUACUUCUACUACACCUGAGAGCAAUUAAUUAAGAUCACAGCGCCGCUCCGUGACCUCAGCUGACCCCUCCGUGACCCUCCCAGGUGUGCCCAGGUGACCCCCCUCCGCCCCCCGCUCCCCUUCACCUACAUCAUGGAGCGUAACAUUCCCCACGUGCUGGAUGUGUUCACCUGCUCCCCCAGGGCCCGACGCCGCGCCCUGCACACCGAUAUCGACCAGGUGUCGGCGAAGGUGGCGGCGGAGCAAAAGAACCCCGGCAGCGACUCGGCGGUGAGCGUGGACUCCAGCGAGGACGAAGGAGCCAACAUCAGCAAAUACUUCGACUACCUGAACGAGGACGAUGACCCAGGCACCGGCAGCGCGUCCAGGAGGAAGAAGAAGAAGAUGCAAGGAAAGGAGAACCAGGGGAAAGAGAACUAUGGAAAGGAGAACCAAAACCAGAACCAGGACGAUAGCAAGAAGAAGAAGGAUGACAAUGAUCGUUCGUCCGAGCGUUCGAGCCGCAAGGAGGACUUCGAAAAGGACAUCCGCCACAUCGAACGCCACUUGUCCAUGAAGAAAACGAUCCGCAAAAAGAUGAUGCGAGACCUCCAGCAGGCGUUCGUGGAAGACCCGGGAGAGUUCCAGCAAGACCCGAACCGCAUGGAGCCGGAGAAAAAGAACAACAUCAACAUCCGCAACCUGACGAUCUCCAAAAGCCGACUGUCCAAAUCAGAACACAACUUCCUCGACAUGCUGAAGGACGAGUCGGGGAAGGACAAGGACAAGAAGGAGCGCAAGGGCUUCCUCGGCUACCGGGACUUCAUGAACAACAACAACAAGAACAGAGACACCUCAUCCGGGGUACUAAAUGACGAUGACUCCGGUAAUGGCUCGCCUUCCAGAGAGUCCCUUAGCAAGGCUGCCAGCAAGGAGGACCUGAUCGAGGCCAAGGAGACGAAGGAGGCGCCGAAGGAGGAGAAGAAGAUAGGCUUUUGGAAGAAGCUAACAGGGAAAGGCAAAAGCAAGCGGUAAAUGUGAUGAUAGGCGAAGGGUGAACUACGCCUAUGAGUAAAUGAGAAUUAAGUCCUUAUUCACCAGACUGUGAUAACUUUCUUGUGCCUAAUGCAGAGUAAGAGAGGAAAACAUAAUCACCUGUGAGAUUGUUAAGUUCUCAUCAUGACGAUACGGAUCCCCUCCACCCUCACAACCCUUAUUAAAGUUCCUGUGUUUGUCGUUUCGUGUAAACUGUAAUGAAACCUCCCGAAUUGGAUCACCUGAAAUGUUGUGUUUAUUAUUUCCUUCUGUUAUCAUUUUUGUCAUGUUUUAUUGAGCAUCUUUUAUUGUCAUUAUUUUAUUUCCAUCUUUUACUGUGCAUAUUAUUAUUGUGAAGCUCUUAUCUUGUGGUAAGUGAAAGCAUCGGAUUAUUUUUUUCUUUCCUUCAUUCAGAGCAACACAACACCUGGCCGUCACGUGUAAUUUCGUGUGCAUACCGUAGUCGUUACACCUGUACAUACAAACAUACAUACACACAUUCGUAGGUAGCAUAGGCAUACACAAGGCCACGAGAGACUUGGGUAUCGUAGGUUAAGGGACGAGCAUUCCAGUACACAUAGACUCAUCCAGGUGUGCAGAAGUAUACUGUGUUAUUGCACCUCUCUGGGGAGCCACGAAAAUGAUACAUAAAAAAAAAAUCUAAUUAUUAUAUUUUACAUAAACCAGAGACUAUAUAAUAACAUUCCACCCCUCUUUUUUUUUGUAUUUAAUGAUCUCGUUUUUUUAUCUUAAUUUUGAAUCAGUGUUUAAUUUCUAACUAUUUUCGUCUUAUUUUGUGAGUAAUUAUCAUUUGUAAGUUCUAUAUUCUUGUUUUCAGUCAAUGUUUCUUCUUUUCUAGCUUUUUCCUAUAGUCUUAAAUACGAAACAUAUUUUUUCUCAUAUUUAUUCAUUCUUAUCUUGUCAGUGUCUUGCCUAUCUUUUGUUCAGUAUAAUCUCGAGUCACUGUUCCUGUUCUGAAUUUUUAGGUUCAUGCUUUUCUAACUCUCUUCGUCUUACAUAUUUAUUUCCUCACUUCUUCGCCUUCUGUAUUUCUUUUCUAACUAUAUUCGUCCUUCUGUAUUUCUUUUCUAACUGUAUUUGUCUUCUAUGUUCCUUUUCUAACUGUAUGUGUUUCUAUGUUCCUUUUCUAACUGUCUUCGUCUUAUAUAUUUCUUUUCUAACUGUAAUUGUCUUCUAUGUUCCUUUUCUAACUGUAUUUGUCUUCUAUGUUCCUUUUCUAACUGUAUUUGUCUUCUAUGUUUCUUUUCUAACUGUAAUUGUCUUCUAUGUUCCUUUUCUAACUGUAUUUGUCUUCUAUGUUCCUUUUCUAACUGUAUUUGUCUUCUAUGUUCCUUUUCUAACUGUAUUUGUCUUCUAUGUUCCUUUUCUAACUGUAUUUGUCUUCUAUGUUCCUUUUCUAACUGUAUUUGUCUUCUAUGUUCCUUUUCUAACUGUAUUUGUCUUCUAUGUUCCUUUUCUAACUGUAUUUGUCUUCUAUGUUCCUUUUCUAACUGUAAUUGUCUUCUAUGUUCCUUUUCUAACUGUAUUUGUCUUCUAUGUUCCUUUUCUAACUGUAAUUGUCUUCUAUGUUCCUUUUCUAACUGUAUUUGUCUUCUAUGUUCCUUUUCUAACUGUAUUUGUCUUCUCUGUUCCUUUUCUAACUGUAUGUGUUUCUAUGUUCCUUUACUAACUGUCUUCGUCUUAUAUAUUUCUUUUCUAACUGUAAUUGUCUUCUAUGUUCCUUUUCUAACUGUAUUUUUCUUCUAUGUUCCUUUUCUAACUGUAUUUGUCUUCUAUGUUCCUUUUCUAACUGUAUUUGUCUUCUAUGUUCCUUUUCUAACUGUAUAUGUCUUCUAUAUUUCUUUUUUAACUGUAUUUGUCUUCUCUGUUCCUUUUCUAACUGUCUUCGUCUUAUAUAUUUCUUCUCCGUCAUGUUUUGUCUUCCAUUUCUCCACCGUCAAUGUUUUUCUUAUACUUUCUCUCCGUCAGCGUUUCUCUCAUAUUUCUAUUCCGCCAGUGUCUCUUUCUGUAUUUAUUCCCUAUCAGUGUCUCGUCUCACAUCUCCUCUCCGUCCGUGUUCCUCGUUCCUUCCACCAUUCUCCACACUGCAGGAACUCAUGUAACAUUUUAUGGCACGAUAAUAAAAAGUUUCCAUGAGUUCGGGUGACUAAUUAGCGAACACUCUGCGCAACUGACACUGUUAUAUACUGACCGUUCGCUGGUGUGAGGGCCACGCGUGCAUAGGCAUUGUAACCACGUAAUGAUAUAUAUUUUUUCCUGUAUUGUUGUUGUAGUGCCAAUGUUAGAUGAGGUAGACGCUUACGUGUGAGUGGACGAUGGUGGUGUAACAGCUAAGACGUCGCUUGUACCGUGGGUGUAUAUGAUGUUGCUCUAGUUUGGUAUAUGAUUUGUGAUUGUACGAUAAUGUGACAGCUAUACGACGUCGUUUCUACCAUGCGUGCGAUAACUACGAUAAUGCUGUAAAACCCACGAUGUCAUUUGUAUACCAUGCGUGAAUAUAAUGACAGUUUGGUAUGCGAUGAUCAUUAUAUGUGACUGUACGAUAAUGUAACAGCUAUACGACGUCGUUUGUACCAUACGAGAAUAUAAUGAUAGCUUGGUAUACGAUUGUACGAUAACGAUGUAACAGCUUCAACGUCGUUUGUACCGUAUGUGACGAUGAAAGCAUUCCAAUUUGUUACACGACAACUCUAGUACCAUUAUGUAUCUCUACGAUGAUGUCACACAAGGAUACACGCCGCUCAUUGUACCGUAUGUGUGUGUGACUUCGAUAACACUCCAGCUUAGUAUACGAUGAGCCUGGUACCCUAUCAUGAGUUUGUGCGGUGAGGUUACACGAAGACACACGCCCUUGUUUGUACCGUGUGUGUGUAACUCGUAUUAUGAUGAUGUUGCAAUAGGUAUGACGUCUUUACUUUGUGACUGUAUAAUAAAGGUAAAAUAGGUA